AAUGGGGAGGCGACGCUGCGACAGCAGAAGAGGGCGCGAUUAGGGUAGGCGGCGAGGAGGAGGCGCAAGGGAGAGGCGGCGCUGCGACGGUCGCCGCUGCUCCCCUUGCUUCCGGUCGUCGGCGCCAGUGAGGAUGAAGAGGAUGAGAUGUUCAUCUGGGAAACCGUAGAACAAAUCAUCCCUGUGGUUGGAACGAUUUUUUCUAUGGCUUGGAACAUUUUUUUUCUUCUGUCGGAACAACUUGUUCCCGGGCUUGGAACCUUUUUUAUUGGGGUCGAGAGUCACCGAAGAUGGCUCGCCGGAGUCGGAGACGAUAACGACGUUGGGUACUGGGGCAGCGCUCUCAUGAAGAGCUGGGCCGCCACAGGUGCUUUUGCUGGGCCGUCGAACGCUCUGGUGGGCUGCGCUGUUUGGUGACGGGGGUCGGCGAUGACCACUUGCUACGGGUCCGUCCCCAGGCGAAGCAUAACAGCUCCCUCCCUAAAACCCUCGCCGCCGAGCCCCUGGCUCCCACCUCCGCCGCUGUCACUGAGAAGGAACCUCACCUAUGGCUUUGGCUCGCCUCGGGCAGUCUAUGAUCCGUCGCCUCCACCGGACGCUCCAGCUGCCACCGCCGGUCACAGAUUACCAUGCCACCGUUGCACGAUCCUUAGCGCCAAUCCACGCGGGCGCAUGCGUAAGAGGUUUUGCAAGCUUGACGGACAGUGACAAAAGCGUGAUUGGUCACAAGCUCGGGGGUCCAUCGCCCGUCCAAGUUGUGAAGGUUCUGGAUCUUGUAGUCCAUCUGAAUCAUGCGAGGCCGAUGUCAACAGCAGCGCCAGCAGCGGCAUCGUCAAAGGUGCCUGUUGGUGCCCGGAAGGUUGGUCUGAAGGUUGUCAUGAUGAGUCCUGGUUUUGUAUAUGAGCCGUACAGCCCACGGGAACGUAUUUCCUUCUGGAAAAGAUGGUUUACACUAAGUGGCUGGAGAAGGACAAAGGAGGACAUCAUUUUGGAGAUGAAGAAUGCAUAUGCCGUUUCGAGGUUGAGGAAGAAAACUGGGUAUACCAAAAAGCAAUUCUAUGACCAAGCAUUAAAAAUAUACAAGGAGGUUAACACUCUGAUGGCACAUGGAGACACAUCAUCUCUCCGGAAAAUUCUGACAGAGAGGAUGCAUUCUACUAUAAAAAAUGAACUAAAGAGAAGACAAUCCAUGUGGAAUUCUGUGCACUGGGAACUGGUGGAGCCUGCUGUGAGUAUAAGAACUUUGAGGGCCCGCAUGAUUGGCCUCGAUAAGAAUGACCUCGAUAAAGCUUUUAUACAGCUUACACUUGAGUUUGUCACCAAACAGAAAUUUGAAGCCUAUAAUUCAAAGGGUGAGAUUGUGUCUGGAGACAAGUCAAAGGAGGUACUUGUGAAAGACAUAUGGGUGUUUGAAAGAUCCCUUUUUCACCCUGGGGCAUAUUGGCGUGUAUGUGGAAGAAUAAAACUGUAAUAAUAUCUGGGCGAGCACAUGGUGGUCCUAAUGAGCUGAACGGUGGCCUCUAUUGUGCAAAGUGGUUUCAAUAAUUCUUUUUGCUCCGCCAUCCUGUUUUUCUCCUGUCUAACUGAUGUCUAAUGGGAUCUUGAGACGAGCAUAGACGGCAAUGGUAGUCUUUUUAUUUUUGUUCUUUUUAGCAGAAGGUACAGGCUAUUUCAGUUUACACUUUUGUUAGAGAUAUUUACCCUACCCCUGAUGCUUCAUAUGAAGGAAAGGCUUGAGUGCUUUGGUA